UUUUCAAAUUUAUAUUCCGAAAUAAGAAAUAAACUAAUUCUUCCCCUCAACUCAGAGUCUAUAGUCUACUUACUUGGAAAAAGGGCAACAUUUCUCUUUAGAUCUGAGCUUGAGAUUAAUCUCACUUCAAUAAUUAGGGUUUGUAGGUUUUUAUCUUCCAUAGCGUAUCAGACUUCAAAGCUCUGAGCUUUUUCUUAUUUUUUUCUCCUCUUAUUUAAGGCGGAGAAAUUCUAGGCUUCUGUGAUUGUAUCGGAGAAGUAAAAAGAUUUUAUUGAAGAAAGUGAAGCCGUAUUUGACUAUAUAGGCAGGACGUUGUUUUCGGUCUUUGAGCUUGUUGAAGUGGAAACCUUGAUUUUGAAAAAGAAAAAGACUAUUUUUUACUUUUGAAGCUGAAAAUAUUCGUAGAUUUUGAUGCGAUUUCUAGCUGGUUAAGAGUUUCCAGGUUGAUUCGUUAAUCUUUGGUUUUUUGGAUUCCAAGCUUGAAUGUCGAGAGGGCAGAUUUAAGAGAAGCGAGCCCCAAAUUUUGGCUCCGAAUUUCUGUUUGUUGGUGAUUUCAUUUUGCUAAAUGUUGUUGAAAAUCGCGUCAUAAUAUAGGUUUCGGUUGUAUUUUCAGUAAAUACUGGAUUUGGCUUAAACUUAGCUCAAUUCGGAGAUUUUCAGCUAUUUUUGUUAGGUUUUGACAUUUUUUUAUAGAAAUAUUGUUAUGUUCUGAGCAAUGGCGCUUAAGCUUCCCGCGUCAGAAGCAGCCAAGGUUGCCAUUCAGUCGAUUGGACGUGGAUACGACAUAUCCUUAGAUCUGAGGUUGAAGUACUGUAAAGGGGAUUCACGUUUGAUUGAGAUCGGUGAGGAUCAGGGUAGGGAGAUUGUUCUACCUGGCGGGACUUCUAUGCCAAACGUUUCAAAAUCGAUCAAGUGCGAUAAAGGAGAGAGAACGAGAUUUCGCUCGGAUGUUCUAUCUUUCCAGCAGAUGUCAGAGCAAUUUAAUCAAGAGCUGUCAUUGACUGGAAAAAUUCCUUCUGGGCUCUUCAAUGCUAUGUUUGAGUUUUCUGGUAGUUGGCAAAAAGAUGCGGCAUACACAAAAACCCUUGCUUUUGAUGGAAUGUUCAUAUCACUCUACACUGUUGCACUUGAAAAAUCUCAGAUGGUGCUGUGUGAUCAUGUAAGAAAAGAAGUUCCAUCAACAUGGGAGCCUGCUGCAUUAUUCCAGCAUCCAGAAGUUUGA